GGGCUGCCACCGGGGCAUGGGUGCCGCGGGCCUGCUCUGGGCUUUCUUGGCUCUCAUCACGCCGGGGGUGCUCGGUCAGUGUAAGCUCCUGCCAAACUAUACUUAUGCUAAGCCUAAAAUUAGGAGUGAUCAGUCUGAGUUUGCUGUGGGGACACGUUGGCGAUAUGAAUGCCUUCCUGGGUAUAUCAAAAGGUCAUUCUUAAUCACCUGUCUAGAGACCUCCCAGUGGUCAGAUGAUCAGCAAAACUGUAAACGUAAAUCAUGUGGGAGUCCUGGAGAACUCCUCUAUGGCUCUGUCCACGCACCCAUGGGUAUCGUGUUUGAGUCAACAAUUACAUUUUCUUGUAAUGAAGGAUAUCGACUCAUUGGUGAAUCAUCUUCUACAUGUGUUAUCGCACACAGCAAUGUUUUAAACUGGAAUAGGGCAAUGCCUGUUUGUGAAUCUAUUCCUUGUAAGUCACCCCCAGCCAUCUCCAAUGGGGAAUUUGGUGGCAGCAGUACAGAUAACUUUUACUAUGGAAUGGUGGUGACCUAUUGGUGCCAUGUUGGACCGAAUGGGAAAAAGCUCUUUGACCUCGUGGGUGAGAAGUCGAUAUCUUGCACCAGCAAAGACAAUCAAGUUGGCACCUGGAGCGGCCCGCCGCCUCAGUGUAUUAAGUUAGUCAAAUGCCCGUUUCCAGAAGUUGAAAAUGGAAUUAUGGAAUCUGGAUUUAGUCGUUCAUUUUCCUUAAAUGAUUCCGUGAUGUUUAAGUGUAAGCCUGGUUUUACCAUGAAAGGCAGCAACAAGGCACGGUGCCAACCAAACAAUAAAUGGGAUCCUCCUCUGCCACGUUGCUUCAAGGGGUGUCUACCACCUCCACCCAUCCACCAUGGUACUUAUGACAAAAUGGAUAAGGAAUUCUUUGAAAUUGAACAGAAAGUGUCCUAUAGCUGUGAGCCUGGCUACACUCUCAUUGGCACUAACCCUAUACGGUGUACAUCCGUGGGAACCUGGAGCCAUACAGCCCCCAAUUGUGAAGUGAAAUCAUGUGAUGCCAUCCCAAACCAACUUCUCAAUGGCCGGGUGGUGGCGCCUCCUAAUCUCCAGCUUGGGGCAGAGGUUUCUUUUGUUUGUGAUGAGGGGUACCGUUUAAAUGGCAAAUCUUCUAGUCAGUGUGUCUCUGAAGGAAUGACAGUACUCUGGAAUAAUAAGUUUCCUGUCUGUGAACGGAUUUUUUGUGACCCUCCUCCUCCUAUCCGAAAUGGUCGGAAUAGUUACACUUCUGGCUCCAUACCUCUUAACACUUUGGUGAGGUACAGUUGUUCCUCUAGCUUCCGCAUUAUUGGAGAAAAGAAUCUUUUCUGUAUAAGUAAAGACCAAGUGAAAGGAAUCUGGGAUAAACCUGCUCCUACAUGUGAAUACUUCAACAGAAAAUCUAUUUGCUCUGAGCCCGUAGUGGCAGGGGGACACAAAGAUAAAAGAUCUAGACCACCAUACAUACAUGGUGAUUCUGUGACCUUUACCUGUGAUGCCAACUUCACCAUGAAAGGAAACAAGACCGUUUGGUGCCAAGCCAAUAAAAGGUGGGGGCCGACACCACUACCAACCUGUGAGAGUGAUUUCCCCCUGGAGUGUCCACCACUUUCCAGGAUCCCCAAUGGACAUCACACAGCAGAGAACGUCAGCCUCUUUGUCCCUGGACUGUCUGUGACUUACAGCUGUGAGCCUGGCUACUUGCUUGUUGGAGCAAAGACAAUUCAUUGUUUAGCCCCUUUCAUGAACACAAUCUGCAACAGCCUAAAGUGCCAAGCCCCUCCUGAAAUCCUCAAUGGGCAAAAGGAAGAUCGACGCAGGAUGCACUUUGAGCCUGGGACAUCCAUAAAAUACAGAUGUGACCCUGGCUUUGUGCUGGUGGGCGAAGAAUCCAUACAUUGUACCUCUGAGGGGGUGUGGACACCCACUGUCCCCAAAUGCAAAGUGGCAGAGUGUGAACCUAUAGGGAAGUAUCUCUACAAAAAACCUCAGAAUCAAUUGAUUAGACCAGAUGUUAACUCUUCUUGCGAUGAAGGGUCCCGGUUAGGUGAGAGUGUUUACCAGCUGUGUCGAGGCACCAUUCCUUGGUAUAUGGAGAAUCGUCUUUGUAUAGAAAUCACCUGCCCACCGCCCCCUGGUAUCGACAAUGGGGCACACACAGGGAGUUCCUCAGAAGACUUUCCAUAUGGAACCACCGUCACUUAUUCCUGUAACCCUGGGCCAGAGAAAGGAGUAGAAUUCAAACUCAUCGGGGAGAGCACCAUCCGUUGUACAAAAGAUGGUCAGGAGAGGGGCAUCUGGAGUGGCCCUGCUCCUCUCUGUAAACUUUCCCUCCCUGCUGUUCAGUGCUCACAUGUCUACAUUGAAAAUGGAUACCAGAUAUCGGGCAAGGAAGCCCCAUAUGUCUACAACGACAGUGUGACAGUCAAGUGUGUUGAUGGGUUUACUUUGAAGGGCAGCAGUCAGAUUCGUUGCAAAGCCAAUGACACCUGGGAUCCUGCAAUACCCGUUUGUGAGAAAGGUAAACAGCCCAAUGGGGGGAAAAUAAGGUAUUUACUUACUAUUCUCAUCUCCCACCCAAAACUACACUCAUGGAGAAAGUCAAUGGGGCACAGAUUACUAUCCUACUUCUUUGAUCUAUUAUCUGUUGUCAAAUGCUACUGCCGGCCACCUGCGGGAGGAGAUGUUCACGAGGUUCCAGCUGAUGCGCAUGUGGUUCUGUUUAAUACAUCCUGUCAAGACGGGUACCAGCUGACUGGACAUACUUAUCAGAAGUGUGAAGAUGCUGAGACUCGGGUUUGGUUCCAAAGGAUUCCACUUUGUGAAGCUAUUUACUGUCCAGCUCCACCAGUGAUUGACAACGGGAGGCACACAGGUGUGAGGGCAGAACGCUUUCUAUAUGGAAUUGAAAUCUCUUAUGAAUGUGACCAAGGAUUCUCUCUUGUGGGAGAGAGAAACCUACGAUGCAUAAGUGAUUCUGAAGGACGUGGAUCUUGGAGUGGACCUCCCCCGCGGUGCUUAAAACCUCCUCCUGUGGCCCACUGCCCUAACCCAGAAGUCAAACAUGGAUACACGCUGAAUAAAACUCGUUCGUCAUAUUCCCACAAUGACAUUGUAUACGUUGCCUGCAACCAGGGUUUCAUCAUGAAUGGCAGUGACUUGAUUACGUGCCAUACCAGUAACAAAUGGGUGCCAGGUGUACCAACGUGUAUCAAAAAGGCCUUCGUAGGAUGUCAACCUCCACUUAAGGUGUCCAAUGGGAAUCAUACUGGUGGUGAGAGAGCUCGAUUUUCUCCUGGAAUGUCAAUCAUGUACCGCUGUGACGAAGGCUACCUGCUGGUGGGAGAGGCACUCCUUAUUUGCACACACGAGGGCACCUGGAGCCACCCUGCCCCUUUUUGUAAAGAGGUAAACUGUAGCUCCCCAGAGUAUAUGAAUGGAAUCCAGAAGGGGCUGGAGUCUGGGAAAAAGUACCAGCACGGAGCAGUUGUUAAUUUGGAGUGUGAAGAGGGAUAUACCCUGGAAGGCAGUCCCCAGAGCCAGUGCCUGGAGGAUCACGGAUGGAACCCUCCCCUGGCUGUUUGCAAAUCACAAGGCUCACUCACUCCUCUUGUUGGUGGCUUUUCUGUAGGUUUGCUAUUUCUUCUCUUCUUGACUGCUGUCACCUUAUACCUGAUACCCAGACACAGAAAACGCAAUUAUUAUACAAACAAAAGCCCUACAGAAGGAGAUCUUCGCUUAGAAACACGAGAAGUAUAUUCUAUUGAUCCAUACAACCCAGCAAGCAGGUGCCGGGGGAAGAUGGGAGCCGGAUCUCCGAGGAGCCCCGAGCCUCCGUGGCCGCCAGCGCCCUCUCUCUCCGGCUCCAGGGGGGCCCUCCCGGCGGUGCUGAUGCUGCUCGCGCUGCCGGCUGCCUGGGGUCAAUGCCAAGCCCCGCCGUAUUUUGCAUCUGCCAUGCCUACAACACUGACUGAUGAGGUUGAGUUUCCCAUUGGAACAUCUUUGCAGUAUAAGUGCCGCCCUGGUUACCAGGGGAGAAUGUUCUCUAUCACCUGCCUAAAAAACUCAGUUUGGUCAAGCCCUGCAGCCUGUAAACUUAUUCAAUGUAAGACACCACCAACCAUCGACAAUGGAUAUUUUGCUGGCAACAGCGGAGACGAUUUUCCAUACGGAAUAGUGGUGACCUAUCACUGCAAUGACAGAAAAGGAAGGGAAAAGUUUGAACUCGUGGGCGAGAAGUCAAUAUAUUGCACCAGCAAAGAUCAAGUGGGCUUGUGGAGCGGCCCUGCCCCUCAGUGCAUCGUACCUAAUAAGUGCACGCCUCCGCACGUUGAAAAUGGAAUAAGGGAGUCUGAGAACAGAAGCUUGUUCUCCUUAAAUGACAUCGUGAGGUUUAGGUGUCAGCCUGGCUUUGUCAUGAAAGGCCCCUCCAGUGUGCGCUGCCAGGCCCAAAACAGAUGGGAGCCCGAGCUGCCCAGCUGCUCCCCGGUUUGUCAGCGGCCUCCAGGAAUCCUGCAUGGCCAGCACAGCCCCAGCGACAAGGACAGCUUUUCCCCUGGGCAGGAGGUGCUGUACAGCUGUGAGCCCGGCUAUGAGCUCAGAGGGGCCGCCUCUCUGCGCUGUACGCCCCAGGGGGACUGGAGCCCGGCCGCCCCCACAUGCGCAGUGAAAUCAUGUGCUGCCUUCCGGGACCGACUUCCUAAUGGCCGUGUGCUCUCUCCACUUCACCUGGAAGUUUUGCAAACGGAAACAGCUCACCUAUGCACUACCAUUUUCUUCUUUAGAUUCCAUCUACAAGGCAGCUCUGCCAGCCAUUGUGUCUGGGUUGGAAUGGAGAGCCUCUGGAAUAGCAGUGUCCCUGUGUGUGAACAAAUCUUAUGUCCAAAUCCUCCAGAUAUUCGUAAUGGAAGACACACAGGAAAACCUCUGGAAAUCUUUUCUUUUGGAAAAGAAGUAACUUACACCUGUGAUCCCCAACCAGACAAAGGGAUGAACUUCAGUCUCAUUGGGGAACGCACCAUCCGCUGCACAAGUGACAGUCGAGGGAACGGGAUCUGGAGCGGCCCUGCCCCUCGCUGUGGACAUCCAGGUUACUGUAAUGCUCCAGAUCAUUUUCAAUUUGCUGAGUUGAAAACCCAAACCAAUGAAUCUGCAUUUCCUGUUGGGACAUCUUUAAAGUAUGAAUGCCGCCCUGAGUACUACAGGAGGACAUUCUUUAUCAGGUGUCUAGACAACUUGGAGUGGGCAGGGGCCCCGGAUGUCUGUAAACGUAAAGUAUGUAAAACUCCUGCAGAUCCUAAGUAUGGCAUGGUGCACAUCGACACAGACAUCAGCCUUGGAUCCAGAAUUAAUUAUUCUUGUAAUAUAGGGCAUCAACUCAUUGGUCACACAUCUGCCAAAUGUAUCAUCUCAAACAAUACUGCCAUUUGGGAUACAGAGCCACCACUCUGUCAACGUAUUCAUUGUAAGCCACCACCAACCAUCGCCAACGGAGAUUUCGUUAGCAACAGCAGAGACUAUUUUCCAUACGGAAUAGUGGUGACCUAUUACUGCCAUCCUGGAACCAGAAGGGAAAAGUUUGAACUCGUGGGCGAGAAGUCAAUAUAUUGCACCAGCAAAGAUCAAGUGGGCGUCUGGAGCGGCCCUGCCCCUCAGUGCAUCGUACCUAAUAAGUGCACGCCUCCGCACGUUGAAAAUGGAAUAAGGGAGUCUGAGAACAGAAGCUUGUUCUCCUUAAAUGACAUCGUGAGGUUUAGGUGUCAGCCUGGCUUUGUCAUGAAAGGCCCCUCCAGUGUGCGCUGCCAGGCCCAAAACAGAUGGGAGCCCGAGCUGCCCAGCUGCUCCCCGGUGAAAUCAUGUGCUGCCUUCCGGGACCGACUUCCUAAUGGCCGUGUGCUCUCUCCACUUACCUUUGAGCUUGGAGCAAAAGUAUCCUUCGUUUGUGAUGAGGGGUUUCAUUUACAGGGAAGUUCUUCUAGUCACUGUGUCAGGGUUGGAACGAAGAGCCUUUGGAAUAACAGUGCUCCUGUGUGCGAACAAAUCUUUUGUCCAGAUCCCCCUGCUAUCCUUAAUGGGAACCACACAGGAACUUCUCUGAGAGUCAUUCCCUAUGGAACAGAAAUAUCUUAUACAUGUGACUCCCACCCAGACAGAGGGAUGACCUUCAGUCUCAUUGGGGAGCGCACCAUCCGCUGCAGAAGUGACGGUCAAGGGCACGGGAUCUGGAGCGGCCCUGCCCCUCGCUGUGAACUUUCUGGUCCUGCUGGUUACUGUAAAGCUCCAGACCCAUUUCCGUUUGCCAAGCCUACAACCCUAACUGAUGAGUCUGAGUUUCCAGUGGGGACAUCUUUGAGCUACAAAUGCUCCCCUGGGUAUUUUGAGAAUAUGUUCUCUAUCACCUGCUUAGGAAAUUUGGUUUGGUCACAUGUGGAAGAUGCCUGUAGACGAAAAUCAUGUGGAUCUCCACCAAAACCUUUCAAUGGCAUGGUGCAAAUAAACCCAGAUAGUUACUUUGGAUCAACAGUGAAUUAUUCCUGUAAUGAAGGGUAUCGACUCAUUGGCUCCCCAUCUGCUGCUUGUAACCUCUCAGGCAAUAACGUCACUUGGGAUCAGGAGGCGCCUGUCUGUGAAAGGAUAUCUUGUGAGCCACCCCCAGCCAUAUUCAACGGAGACUUCUACAGCAGCAAUAGAAAUGUUUUCCAAUAUGCAACACGGGUAACUUAUCGAUGUCACACUGGGCCGAACGGAGAAAAGCUGUUUGACCUCAUGGGAGAACAAUUUCUAUAUUGUAUCAGCAAAGAUGGUCAGCUUGGUGUUUGGAGCAGCCCUCCUCCUCAGUGUAUUUCUGCUAAUAAAUGCACAAUUCCAGAAGUUGAAAAUGGGAUCAGAGCACCAGGAAAUAGGAGUUUAUUCUCUUUAAAUGACAUGGUGAGAUUCAGAUGUCAGCCUGGCUUUGUUCUGAAAGGGUCCAACACUGUGCAAUGCCAGGCCAACAAUACAUGGGUGCCUGAGCUGCCAAGCUGCUCCAGGGUUUGUCAGCGGCCUCCAGGAAUCCUGCAUGGCCAGCACAGCCCCAGCGACAAGGACAGCUUUUCCCCUGGGCAGGAGGUGCUGUACAGCUGUGAGCCCGGCUAUGAGCUCAGAGGGGCCGCCUCUCUGCGCUGUACGCCCCAGGGGGACUGGAGCCCGGCCGCCCCCACAUGCGCAGUGAAAUCAUGUGCUGCCUUCCGGGACCGACUUCCUAAUGGCCGUGUGCUCUCUCCACUAAACUUGGAGCUUGGAGCAAAAGUGUCCUUCGUUUGUGAUGAGGGGUUCCGAUUAAAAGGCAGCUCUGUUAGCCAUUGUGUCUUGGUCGGAAUGAAAAGCCGUUGGAGCAGCAGCGUCCCUGUGUGUGAACAAAUCUUUUGUACCAAUCCCCCAGCUAUCCUUAAUGGAAAACACACAGGAACUUCUCUGAGAGUCAUUCCCUAUGGAACAGAAAUAUCUUAUUCAUGCGACUCCCACCCAGACAGAGGGAUGACUUUCAGUCUCAUUGGGGAGCACACCAUCCGCUGCACCAGUGACAGUCAAGAGCACGGGCUCUGGAGCGGCCCUGCCCCUCGCUGUGAACUUUCUGGUCCUGCUGCAUGCCCACCUCCACCCAAGGUGCACAAUGGGCGUCACACGGAAGGACAUGUAUCUCCAUAUCUUCCUGGGAUGAUCGUCAACUACACCUGUGACCCAGGCUACCUGUUGGUGGGGAAAGGCUUCAUUUUCUGUACACAUGAGGGAAACUGGAGCCAAGUCUACCAUUAUUGCAAAG